UCGGAAACCAGAGACCGAAGAAUCGGACGAAAACCUUGGGGCAAGAAGAGUCCACCAACCUGGCCGCCGGAGUCGCACUGGAGGAAAAGUUUCUAUGCUACGGAAUUAGGAACCAAGGGAAGUAAAACUGGAAGGCACCUAAAGCCUAGGUACAACGACCCGUCCGGGCUAACUGGUUUGGUAGUUGGGGAGGGAUUG